AUGGCCCAGCCGCACCGGGCUACGUGGCUGCCCCCCGCUCUGCUGCUUCUCUGGGUCCCAGGCUGUUUGUCCCUGAGCGGCCCCAGCAAUGUGACGGGCAUUGUGGGGGGAUCCCUGAGCGUGGAGUGUCGGUACCAGGAGAAAUUCAAGAAAAACAGCAAAUUCUGGUGCAAAUCCCCCUGUUUGUGGAAUACUGUGGAGACUGGAGGGUCUGACAGAGAAGUGAGGAAGGGCCGCGUGUCCAUCAGAGACCAUCCUGCAAACCUCACCUUCACAGUGACCUUGGAGAGCCUCAGAGAGGAGGAUGCGGGAACAUAUGGAUGUGGGAUCGCUGUGUCACUUUCAUGGGACCCCACCUUAGAGGUGAAGGUGUCUGUGACUCAAGCACCAUCAGCAUCACCAACACCAAGGUCAACCCGACCUGCUGUCACAGCCAAGACCUCGACAAUCACAACCAAAGUUUCAACUGUGUCAUUCACCACCCUGGCCACAAAGGGUGCCACCCACAGCACCAGCAGCCCACAGGAGGAACAGGAGCCCACGCAGAGCUGGAGGCUCCACGCGCUGCUGAUCUCAUUAGUGCUUCUGCUGCUCCUGUUGGGGGGCGUCUCCCUGCUGGCCUGGAGGAUGGUUCAGAGACGGGUCAAAGCUGGAGAGAAACCAGAGCCGCCCCAGAGCCGCAGUCAGGCUGCUGAGCAGACUGAGCCCUGCUAUGCGAAUCUGGAGCUGCAGACGAGGCCCCUUUCAGGAAAGCCCGUUCAACCCACGCAGGUGGAGGUGGAAUACAGCACAGUGGGCCCGCCCAGCGACAACCUUCACUACACCUCGGUAGUGUUUGACUCCCAGAGCCAGGAUUCCAAGGCCUGCAGGAUUCCCUCCGAGACACCAGUGUACAGCGUGAUUAAGAAGACAUAA